AUGUCUUCCUAUAUUAUCACCUGCAAGCCAAACGCAACCACCGACGAGGUCCAGGCUGUCAAGGACCAAGCUCAGAAGCAAGGUGGCAUCAUUGGACACGAGUACGGGUUGAUCAAGGGCUUUGCUGUUACUUUCCCUAAGGAUGCGGUUCACAGUCUCGACACACACCCACAUGUGGAGAAUGUCGAGGCUGAUAAGGAAGUGAAGACGCAAGGAGAUAUCUAG